AUGAACAAAGAUGUAUUUAAUCAAUUUAUUAACCACAUAGAAUUUUCGAAAUUUUUUAAAUAUUUGAACAUCAAAAAAGAAAAGAAUCCGGAAAAUAUAAAAAAGAUAAAGGAAUUAAAUACUGUUAUGAAUAAGCUGAAAAAAUUACAAUUCGACACACUUUUGGAAUAUCUAGGAAUCUGUGAAGCUAUUCCAUCAGACCAUAUGGCAAAAGAAUAUUGUAUGGAUUUUAUAUCUAAAAUGGCAGGAUUACACGAAAUGCUUAGAGCAAAGCUUAAAAAUGUGACUAUGGCUAAGGACAAUAAUGAGGCUGAUCCAAAAUUGUCAGAUGUUGAAAAGGAGAAUUUUGAUAAAAUUAUUGAAAAUACAAAACCACCAAAACAAGAAAAUGCUAACUUUAUUCAUUAUAUUUAUAAUGCGCUUAGAAAUGCUUCGAUUGGUCAUGUGAACGAUUUUGAAAAUUUUUGGCAAAAGGAACAUAAGGAUUGA